UCUAUGCACUUUCACAACAUAUUACAGUCACAAACUUGCUCUUUAUUUUGAUUCAAGAUGGUUGGAGUUGGGAUUCCACUAUGCGUGCAAUGUGGCACCACUAGCAACCCUUGCCGGUGCAAGGUGGUGCGGCCAACACUCGGGUUCCUGGCGUUUGCAGCGGCGGCGGUGGUGGAGUGGCCGGUGGGGGCUAUUGUGUAUUGCUUUCGUCACAUGAAGGGUCGCAAAAUCAUGGCUCACCCAGCCACCGUGGUUUACCCUUCAGUCACCAAUGCCAUACCUAUCUAAGUUCUAACUUCUCUAACUAUUUAUUCCAUGUUAUUUGUCUUUGUAUCCAAUUUUCAAGUUCCGUGUGAUAAUAUGUAUGGUUCUUAUGUAUGACAUUUAGAAUGUAAUAAUUAAU